GAUUCGCCUCCGGGUUAGGCUGAGCCUUCUGCUUUCUGUGACUGGUGGAGCUGCCGCGCCGUCCGCGUUAUCUCCUCCCGGUGAGAACGAACCGCAGUGUCCACCGGCGAGGAGCCAGCCCUGUCCCGGUCAGAGAAAGACGACGAGGAUACCUGGGAGCGGGCGUCGGCCGGGCUGGGCCGCGCCGGUGCGGGCUGGCGACUCUGCUCCUCCGCUUGCUGCUGUCUGUGGGAACUGGGUGCCAGCGCUGAGGAGCUUCCAGCGGACAGGGACCCCCUUCCCCGGCUCCCCUGCCCACCCUGCCGGGGAGGGCGGAAGAUGCCGGUGAAGAAGAAGAGAAAAUCCCCUGGGGUGGCAGCCGCAGUAGCGGAAGACGGAGGCCUCAAAAAGUGUAAAAUCUCCAGGUACCAUCUCCCCCCACCCUUCAAGCUUCCCUCCUCCCUCCUUUGCUGGACAACUGGAGGAAAAGGAGUCGGGCCCGGCCUGCCGGGCUGGGGCUGGAGACAGCUAUUGCAGAUCCCAACCCCCUGCUAGACUAAUAAGUGGAGAGGAACAUUUUUCAAGCAAGAAGUGCCUGGCUUGGUUUUAUGAAUAUGCAGGUCCUGAUGAAGUUGUAGGGCCAGAAGGAAUGGAAAAAUUCUGUGAAGACAUUGGUGUUGAACCUGAAAAUAUUAUUAUGUUAGUUUUAGCGUGGAAAUUGGAGGCUGAAAGCAUGGGAUUUUUUACCAAGGAAGAAUGGUUAAAGGGAAUGACUUCAUUACAGUGUGACUGCACAGAAAAGUUACAAAACAAAUUUGACUUUUUGCGCUCACAGUUGAAUGAUAUUUCAUCAUUUAAGAAUAUCUACAGAUAUGCCUUUGAUUUUGCAAGGGAUAAAGAUCAGAGAAGCCUUGAUAUUGAUACUGCUAAAUCUAUGUUAGCUCUUCUGCUUGGGAGGACAUGGCCACUGUUUUCAGUAUUUUACCAGUACCUGGAGCAAUCGAAGUAUCGUGUUAUGAACAAAGAUCAAUGGUACAAUGUAUUAGAAUUCAGCAGAACAGUCCAUGCUGAUCUUAGUAACUAUGAUGAAGAUGGUGCUUGGCCUGUUCUUCUUGAUGAAUUUGUUGAGUGGCAAAAAGUCCGUCAAACAUCAUAGCAAGAACUAUUGUGAAGAAAAUGCAAACCUUUUGAUUCCCACGUGUAUACAAGCUAAUGUGAUGAGGGGGAAAAAAAAUCCAACGGGUGCAUUUUCAUUCAUGUGAAAGACUUCUCAUAGUACUUUUUUUUCCUUUUUUUAAAGGAGGUUUUUCUUGUUACAUGUGAUGGGCAUUGAGCCACACCUCUUCUUAGACUGAAUAUUGAAGUUUUUGUUUUGAGUUAUGUUUAUAACAUUUAUUUCAGAACAAUAAAGAUUCAGAUUUGUGACAAAGGCCUUAAAGUGAA